CCGGGGUGGGAGUGGUGAUGGUUGGUGAAGACGCGUCGUCCAAUGGGAUAUGAUGAUGCCCGAGUGAGAUGACUUCGAGGGGAUCUGAUCUCAGAUGAGCUGGUGUGUUGGGAAGAUCGUGGGAGCGACGGUCUUUGCUUGUUUACUGGCGCCUCCGCUCUCGGCCAACGGGUGGUACAGGGAACUGCUGAAUGGAGACGAUGCAUGGCUGGAUGCUUUCCCUCCGCCUUCUCGCCCUACCCAGACCGUCAUCUCCCUCUCCCCUCCCAAGGUCUUGGAAUUCGUAAAGGUCCAUUCACUCAAUAUUCCCCACUGGACUCCUCCCCUCAUCACUAUGUUGUCAUUCGAUGACUGGGCGUCCCUCCUCUGGACAGCUGCUCAUGACAGACCUGCUUUCCCUGUACUCACAAAGAGCCUAGUCACACGUGCCCGUGAAACGCAGCAGGAGGAUCUGUUCGUCGGGAUGGCUAUCCGCAAUGAACUCACGAUGAAGGAGAAGAUGUUUGUUGACAUGUGGGGUGCCGAGUCAGCGUUUCAUUCGGGUCUUGUAUUUGCGGAGGAUCAGGAUGGUCCCGGUACACCGAGCUCCCAGGGGGAGGAUGAUGACGAGGGUCUGUGCCUGACCGAGGAGGAAAAGGCGUACCAUGCACAGAUGGUAGCAGAAAGUAAGGUAGAGGUAGCAAAGCCGGUUGAGGAGAAUCAGAAAUCGGAGGUGAACAAGUAUACUAGGAACGCCUUUUUGCCCUUAGCAUCGAGUAGAUGGGUGGAGUCAGAGUCGGUGAAACUGGAUUACAAGGUAUGGGAGUUACCCACAUAUAAUCACUCUGCCCCGAUCAGUAGUGAUUCCUACCGGUUCCUUGCCAACCUCACACAGGAGGAGAUGAGGCUUUGUAAUGACAAGUCCCUAUCGGAGAACAUUGAGCUUGUUAGGGGAAACUACCCCCUCACAGCGGCCGACAUGAAUUUCCCUCUGAUUGGGGAGAUUGAUCGCGCAAAGUGUGUAGUUACGAGGCCUGCGCUCGCGGUUAGAGGAUUCUUAGGAGCAAAGGGACAGCUAGCGCUGGUUGAACUAAAGCGCAUAUGGAAUGUAGGGCGGCCCUACUUGAAAUGUCGCUGUAUCCAGGAGGGAAAGGGGGAUUGCAAGAAGAACAUCACAUGGCUGGACCAUGUUUUAUGGCACAUGAGGGAGAUCAUGGAGUCCAUGGCCUUCAAUGUCUUGUCUGAUCCCUCCAGAAGGCCUGACAAUAUCCUUGAUGAUAGGGCCUUGUUGAUGCACAAGUUCCCUCGCACCAUGGCCCACCUGAUUCUCCCUCCCAGAUUCGUCACCGAUGCAACCCAUAAGAAGAGGAAGUCCAUGAUGGCCGAUGCUCGUGCAAGACGCACGAAGGAAGCUAGGCAAACUACCCUAUCAUUCUCUGUCAGACCGCAGGGUGACCACUCCCCGGUGGCGGCGGCUGGAGCAUCCGGUGUGAAUAACACUCCUCCGGAGUCAUGCGUAUCUACGCAAGCCGAUGGGCAGACCUCAGAAUGUGAGGGAUCUUUUGUGAAUGAUCCAUCGGGGAGGAGAAGGUGGCAAAAGUCUGGAUCGAAAGGGAUGGAGUGCUUUGUCCAUCUAAGAUACGUUAGUCGUAUCAUGGCGACUGUCCACUUUCGCUCUAUCCUUGAGAAAACGGUGGAAUGUUUCUUCCCCGAGGCCGUUGCCCUCCUGUCCCUGGUGUUGAUUGGAUGGUCUUACAUGGAUACUUUGGAGUCGUUAGUCUAUAAACCAGCUAAAGUCUUUCACGAUUUUUCAUUGGACGAUUGGAUGGGUUUCUGUGCUAAAUCCCCGAAGUGUCCUUGUAACACGGACAGAUUCUCACCAUUCCAUCAUCCGUGCACCUUUUCGAUGUCGCAGCCUUUUUCCACUGCAUCUACCCACACCCUGUCUAUGGACCCUGCUGUUUCCUCCAACUUGAGAUUACGGAACUUGCUGAAACAAGGGCUUAAUCAUAUCCCCCCCCAGCCUAGAGUUGUGGCCCCUGCUCUUCACAAGUUCAUGGGAGCCUGGGAGGUGAUUAAGCAGUUUAUUGCGAGGAAAGGGUUGAUGAGGACCAGCGGGAUUGAACAUGCUGACCGGUACAUUUCUGAUCUGCUUAAACGGCAGUUGGCCAUCCCAUCACUUAGAAGAUGCAGGGACUCCGCCUGUGAUACCAGGAGGACGGAUGUCAAUGAUGAGAUCACUUUUCUCACGAACAGAGUGUUCAUUGCGGGCACUGACAAGGCUGGGAACACCCCCUCAUUCGUAUGUGUCCAUCUCAUUAGGACACACUGUUACCAUGGGUGGCUUACCAGUGCCUCCUUCACAUUUCUCACCCCUGUUGCUGCUCUCUGCGACGCUGUGUUGAAAUGCAUUACACCAUUGGUAAUGGCAGCGUGCAAGGAGAUCACUGACACGCUGUCCAGAUUUCACGGAAUUGAGACAUCCAUAUGGUGGUCUGUCGAGUCAGUGCAGGACUACUGUUGGAACCUCCCCGAGAAGGUUUACUCUGUGUUCUCAGCCGACAUCACCAGAUGCUUUGAGACAAUACCAAUUGAUGAGAGUGUUGACGGACUACCAGAUGCGAUCAACCUCUUCACCAACCUCGCAUCAAGUAUGCUUGCAAAAUGAAUCUGGGUUCAUUCAUUAGGUGUAGAAGAGCUUCUAAUGGUGAGUUUUCCUGCACUGUCACUAAGAGCCGGGUGGUUUCACAGAG